UUACUAGUCCGCGCUAAUAUCUUUCGUUUUUUUAUUUGAGUAAAAAUGUUACUAGUCGGCUAAUUUCCGUUCGUAUAUUAUCCCUAGCCAAACAGCAAAGAGCACGAAUCACCUUAAUUGCUCCGUCGCUUAAAACCCUAAAUCUCUUCGCCUCAUAGCUUUGCGAUUCAACAAAUAGAGAUUUCGCUUGACCUCUAGCUUUGUCGAAAUCUUUCAAUCAUGGCGAGUCAGACACCGAAUCUCGAGUGCCGGAUGUACGAGGCGAAGUAUCCAGAGGUGGACAUGGCGGUGAUGAUUCAGGUGAAGAACAUAGCCGAUAUGGGAGCCUAUGUUUCACUGCUCGAGUACAACAACAUCGAGGGAAUGAUCCUAUUCUCCGAGCUCUCCCGCCGUCGGAUCCGAAGUGUGAGCAGUUUGAUUAAGGUGGGAAGAAUCGAGCCUGUCAUGGUUCUGCGUGUGGACAAGGAGAAGGGAUACAUUGAUCUGAGCAAACGUAGGGUCAGCGAGGAGGAUAUUCAGACUUGUGAAGAGAGGUAUAACAAGAGCAAGCUCGUCCAUUCUAUCAUGCGCCACGUCGCCGAGACUCUGUCCAUUGAUUUGGAGGAGUUGUAUGUGAACAUUGGCUGGCCUUUGUAUCGCAAACAUGGUCAUGCUUUUGAGGCCUUUAAGAUCCUAGUGGCUGAUCCUGAUUCUGUGUUGAGUUCCCUCACCCGUGAGAUCAAAGAAGUUGGGCCUGAUGGACAGGAGGUGACUAAGGUUGUACCUGCUGUUACGGAAGAAGUGAAAGAUGCACUCGUGAAGAACAUUAGGAGGAGAAUGACACCACAGCCAAUGAAAAUCCGGGCUGAUAUCGAAUUGAAAUGUUUUCAGUUUGACGGAGUUGUUCAUAUCAAGGAGGCCAUGAGAAAGGCUGAAGCCGCUGGAAACGACGACUGUCCUGUGAAGAUUAAAUUGGUUGCUCCACCUCUUUAUGUCCUUACUACUCAGACACUUGACAAGGACCAAGGGAUUGAAAUUCUAAACAAAGCCAUAACAGCUUGCACUGAGACAAUUGAGACGCACAAAGGCAAGCUCGUCGUUAAGGAAGGAGCUAGAGCUGUGAGUGAACGAGAUGAUAAGAUGCUCACAGAGCACAUGGCUAAGCUACGAAUGGACAAUGAAGAGAUUAGCGGCGAUGAAGAAAGUGGAGAAGAAGAAGAGGACACAGGGAUGGGCGAAGUGGAUAUCGACGGUGCCGGAAUCAUUGAGUAGGUUUUACGGUUUCCGACUAGUUUUCUCUCUAUCUGAUCCCUACCCCAUUCUCUCAACACUUGAGUUCGUCUUUUGCUUUAAGUUUGACAAGCAGUAGAAACCUUCGAAAAGAUUUUUUUGUGUGUGUGUUUUUUUUAGACAUGUUUUUUUCACCCAUCGACGGUGUUACAUAUCAAUCAUUACAUUCAUCAUUUUAUAAGAUUGAUUAUUUUGCAAUUAGACACUGUUGCUCCACCCACAUAUGACUUGCUUUGCC